UUCACAGCUAUUGAUUUUCUGGAGAAAAUACUGACGUUUAACCCAAUGGAUCGACUAACGGCCGAGAUGGGUCUGCAGCAUCCUUACAUGAGCCCGUAUUCGUGCCCGGAGGAUGAGCCGGUGUCUCAGCACCCGUUCCGCAUUGAGGAUGAGAUCGAUGACAUUUUGCUGAUGGAAGCUAACCAGAGCCAGCCGUCUAAGUGGGACAGGUAUCAGGUCAGCCUCUCCUCUGAUUUGGAAUGGAGACAUGAUAAAUACCACGACAUGGAUGAGGUCCAGUGAGACCCACGGGCAGGAUCUGAGUCCAUUGCUGAAGAAGCACAAGUUGAUCCAUGGAAAUAUUCACAGAGCAGCUCGGAGAGGUUCCUAGAGCUAUCACACUCAUCGAUGGACCGAGUUUUUGAUGCUGAUUAUGGGAAAUCAUGUGAUUACAAAGUGGGGUCACCUUCCUACUUGGACAAAUUGCUGUGGAGAGACAAUAAGCCCCAUCAUUACUCAGAGCCCAAGCUGAUUUUAGAUUUAUCCCACUGGAAAAGAGCUACCAUAGCACCCACAGCCGAGAUCGCCUUGGAAGAAGAGCCUUCCAACCUCUUUCUGGAGAUUGCUCAGUGGGUGAAGAGCACGCAGGUGGGUCUUGAGUGCUCCAGUCCCCUUCCUGAGAUUCAAGAAUGGAGCCUGCCAUCUUCUCCUCACCACCUCCACAAGGAAUCCAAGGAGGUAGGCACUGCAACAGACCCUGAGUUUGACUUGGAUGUCUUCAUCUCCAGGGCCCUGCAACUUUGCACAAAACCCGAGGAUCUUCCAGACAACAAACUCAAUGACAUCAACGGAGCCUGCAUCGCAGAGCACCCCAGUGACAUGGUACAGACAGAGGUGUACCAGAAAGAGCGAUGGUGAAGCACUGCAC